UCAGACGUCUGGGUGCGAGUGCGGUGCAGCGGCGCCGUGCGGAUCGGCAGUGCGCGGCGCGACGCAGAGCGCGGUGGUCGUGAUCGGCAUGCUGGCACCAUGGACGUGUGGAGCGGCCUUCCCGCGUGCGUGCGCGCAACCCCGCCGCCGCGCCGCCUAGAGCCCGCCGGCGACUUCGCGCUCGCCUUCUACGACAAGGACGCACAAACACCCAAACAGGAGCAACAGUCGGAGGCGGCGGGCGGCGCGGGCGGCGGCGGGGGUGGCGGCAAGGCGGCGGCGCCCUGCAAGGUUUGCGGCGACAAGGCCUCGGGCUACCACUACGGCGUCACCUCCUGCGAAGGCUGCAAGGGUUUCUUCCGGAGGAGCAUCCAGAAGCAGAUUGAGUACCGCUGCCUCCGCGACGGGAAGUGCCUCGUGAUCCGGUUGAACCGGAACCGUUGCCAGUUCUGCAGAUUCAAGAAGUGCCUGGCCGUCGGCAUGAGCCGAGACUCCGUUAGAUACGGACGCGUGCCAAAGCGACCCCGCGAAGUCGUCAGCGCUGACAGUGUGCAAGAUCUGGCAAAGAAGCUAGGUUCAGCAUCGGGCCCCGACCCGGGCGGCGGCGCGGCCGAGGCGCGGCUGGACGCGGACGCGAUGCGCGGCGAGCUGGCGCGCGCCGUGGCGGCCGCGCACCGCGCGCACAACACCUACACCGACGAGCUCGAGCGCACGCUGCAGCCCAAGAGUAUCACGCCGCCGGACGACGACGACAACGAAGGGAGCGGCGGCGAGGAGGCGGCCGGCUCCACGCUGGACCGCUCGACGGCCGCGCUGGCCAGCCUGUGGUACAACGUGGCCUUCCGCAUGACGCCGGCCGUGCAGCAGGUGGUUGAGUUCGCCAAGCGCAUCCCCGGCUUCAACGUGCUGCCACAGGACGAUCAGCUCAUCCUCAUCAAGCUAGGCUUCUUCGAGGUGUGGGCGUCGCGCGCCGCACGGCUCGCCUCAGCCGACAGCAUCGUCUUCGACGACGGCGCCGCCGUGAGCCGCGCGCAGCUCGAGCUCAUGUACGACAGCGAGUUCGCGCACUCGCUGUUAGGGUACGCGUGCCGCGUGGCGCAGUUGCAGCUGAGCGAGGAGGAGCUGGCGCUGUACACUGCCUCGCUGCUGCUGUGCGCGGCGCGCGCCGGCCUCAGCGACCGCGACCGCAUCGCCGCGCUGCACGCCACCGUCGACGACGCGCUGCAUCUCGUGGUGCGGUCAGUGGGGGCGGAGAGUGGCGCGCGCCUCGAGGCGCUGAGCGAGGCGGCGCGUGAGGCGCACGCAUUGGGCGCGAGGCACGACGCGCUGCUGAACUGGUGCCGCACGCACUGGCCGCGCCUCGUCCUGCCCGCGCUCUUCGCCGAGAUCUUCGACAUCCCCAAGGCCGAGGAAGACGACUCCGCCGAGUCCGAGCGCGCCGAGGCGCCGGUCUCUCACCAUCUCUAGACGCCGCCAUCCGGUCAGCCUGCGUCCACGAGCGAUCAGUGAUGAUGCGCGAUCAGUAGACAGGACUAUUUGUGUAGGCAGUGGGUUCGGGAAGGUGAUAUCACUAUAUUUAGAUAAUGUAUUAUUUGAAAAAGUCACACAUGUACUACUGUUGCUCCACUGACCUCUAAUAAUACAAUUACGCUGGACUUGCUAUUGACGAUGUGUUUUUUAAAGCAACUCGAUUAGCGCUGACAGUACCAGGAGUACAUACUCGGAACUAGUGUAAGUGAUGAGAUAACUUGAAUAACUAGGAUAGAAUGUUUUAAUAUUUGAAGAUUUUAGGGUAUACUUAGUGCAGAGCGCAAAUGUCCUUUGCAGACGUUAAAUAAAAUAUGUAUAUAUUCGUAAAGGACAAAUUCGUAUCCCGAAAGAAAGAAAAACCACGGCUACGGCUGGCCUUAUAGUUCUUUAUUGAUAGACUGGGUUCUUUGAGAUAGAAGGGUUCCGUGCUAUCGUAUCAGACAUAACACUAAGAAUUUGUUUAUUUUAGUAUUCAAAUUUUUAUUAGUGGCAAUAGAAAUACACAUUUGGCAAUAGGUAGAAAGCUGACACUUUCACGAUGGUUCACGAGAUACAGCACGCUGACAGACGGACGGACGCACAGCGGAGGCGUCAUGGGGUCUCGAUGGCACCCUUUGCGUAUGGAACCCCAAAAAGGCAAAAAAAACAUACCUAUAUUAUGUGAAUGAAUGAUUAAUUAGAUUUAUUUAUUUGGUUCUUCGUUUAGUGUAAAAGAAUUUGUAGUAGGUAGGUAUAUCAAACACUCUAGUAGUUCAAAUCAAUCAGGUAGGAAUUAAAAUAAUAAUAUUAUAUACUUAAUUAUGUUAUACAUAAUCAUCUUAAAUCCAGGUGACGCGUCUAUGUAUUUUGAUUAUUAAUAUUUUUUGGAAUUCUUUUAAUUAAGUAACUCUGGUUUAAAGUUAAAAAAAACCUAACUUCUGGAACCACUACAAAGUAAAAAAAACGUGUAUGUAAUAUAUUGAAGCCGGGCGAGCUUCACUCAUAGAUUUUUAGUUUCUUUUGUGAUAAAAAUAUUUUUUUUAUUUUGUAGUGGUUUCGGAAGUCGGGUUUCCUAAUAUUUUUUUUAUUUUAAGCUUUUAAGUGUAAGAAGUCAUUGCUUGCUACCUAAAAUAUCAAUUCACCAGCAAAACUUUCCAAAUGCACACUGCUUUGGAGUUCAGUACCUUGCAACAUCAGGAUUGAAGAGUUGGAACUUGGAAUUCAAU